AUGUCUCCCCACAACGACGCACCUUCUCCCAGCGGCAGCUACACCGCUGGCUUCAACAGGAUGCAGUUCAACUCCCACCUUGUGACAGGACAUCUCUCGGCCAUGGAGCCUCACUCCCCACUCAGCAGCUCUUUCAGCACCACUUCCGAUUCCACAGACUUCCACAUGGAUCGGCCACUAGUACCAGGCGUCUAUGUGCCCACCAUGUGCUUCUUCGAAGAGGGCACGGAAGACGUUGACACCGAGACCAUUGCCCGGCACGCCGUGCGCCUGGCUCGCGCUGGUGUCACCGGUCUCGCCACCCAAGGCUCCAACGGUGAAGCCGUCCACCUCACGCACGCGGAACGCCAACUCGUCACCGCGACGACCCGCAAGGCGCUGAACGAAUCCGGACACGCACACAUCCCCAUCAUUGUUGGAUGCGGCUCGCAGUCCACGCGCGAGGCUAUCCAGCUCUGCCGCGAGGCCUGGGAAGCCGGCGGCGAUUACGCCCUCGUCCUGCCCCCAUCGUACUACGCCUCGCUCUUUGCGCCCGCCUCAGAGACCAUCAUCUCCUACUUCACCGCCGUGGCCGAUGCCUCCCCUAUCCCGCUCAUCAUCUACAACUUCCCAGGCGCCGUUGGGGGGAUGGAUCUCUCCUCCGACGUCAUCCUCAGCCUCGCUGAACACCCCAACAUCGUCGGCGUCAAGCUGACUUGCGGCAACACCGGCAAGCUCAACCGCGUAGCAGCUGCCACGCGAAAGCGUGCGGGCGCGGCUUACAACCCAGCCAAGCCGGACUUCCUCGUCCUCGCGGGCUCGGCCGAUUUCACACUGCAAUCGCUUGUCGCGGGCGGGCAUGGCAUUCUCGCGGGGCUGGCCAACAUCGCGCCCAAGGCGUGCAUCAAGACGAUGGAGCUGUACGCGCAGGGGAAGACGGCCGAGGCCCAGGGCAUGCAGGAUAUUGUUGCGGAAGGCGACUGGACCGCCAUUCAAGGCGGCGUCGUUGGCGUCAAAUCUGGACUGCAAGGAUGGAUGGGCUAUGGCGGUGUUGCGCGCAGCCCACUGCCGCGCCCGAGCGGGGAGCAGGCGAAGAAGUGGAAGGAGGGCUUCCGGGACCUGGUCAUGCUUGAGAAAAGCCUCUGA